CUUUCGGUUGGGGAACGAUAUUUGUCCCCAGCGAAAAAUGUUGUUGGUCUACGGUUUUGAAUCCCGAGGGCUUUAACAUCACCAAUAAAAUUCCGAGCCCCGUCUCGCGACUUGGACGGGCAUGGCAUCAGCCGGGCUUCGAGCUGAGCGCAGCGGAGAAGGUUGCUUAUUGUCGCAAGCUAGGAUUCUCGAACGACAUUCUCCUAGGGUCAGAUAACAGACGAUCAGAUCCGCCAUUUAAAGGCAAGUUUCUGGAUAUGGCCUCGAGGAAGGCGGGUUGGGAGAAUGUGAGCAAGCAAGGAGCAGAAGAGCGUGUGCACAGAGAACGCUGGUGCUGUGUGUUGUUCGAUGGGGAUUAUGAGGCCGUUUCUCCGCAUAGCUUAUCAGUUGGACUACCCGAAUAUGACUUGCAGCAAUACCGAAGCAUUCGCACCGUGAACUUGUUCCCAGUGAUCUGCAUAUUGAAGUCAGAGAUCCGUCGCAAUCUUCAUUCGGCUUUGCUGACUCUAAGGAAUGAAUGAAAGCCUUUUCGACCUACCCGACUGCCAGACUGCGAGAGGGAUACCGGUACAGAUCAAAGUGUACAGUGGAAGUUCGUUCGCACCACAGCCUUUAAUCCUGUUCAUCUCUUGGGCAUUCAGUUCCCUUGUUCCCGAUUUCGCAGCAAAACACUGGAUUUGGAAUCUUCGGCAACGACUGGUGACCAUGUCUCUCCACUGUGGCCCCAAACUUUCGAACAAAUACUAUGCAUUGACGCAGCCACCAACAAACUCUGAAGUCAGUCGGAAAUCUUGUUUGCGAGCUUUGUCAGUAAACUCACGGAUGUUUAUCUUGAAUCCUGCUAUAUAUAAGAAAAGUUAGUUCUUUCUACGUAUUUCCGAAUAGGCCGGAAAAGUGGAUCCAGUAUGGCUCCACAGUAUGGGUGUACAGUCAAAUGUUUUCUUCAGGGGGCACUUUUAAUUGCGAAAUAAAGUUUUGAGGUACGCUCUGAG